GACGAGUGAAGACGUGAAUCGCGCAAACGAUUACGCGACGUGCUUGCCACAAAUGGUUGCAUGAGCUUAGCGCAUUUUUUGUUUACUUUUAUACGUAAAAAAAGUGUGUGUGUGUGUGAGUGUUUAUUAAUCGAAAAUUCAAUUGCAAUAUCAAUUUGUGCAACAUGCCGACAACAAACUUCGUUGCAAGUGUCGCAUGUGAAUACUACGGUGCAUAAAGUUGCCACGAUAUGUUGCAUUUUGGAUUUAUUGCAAGAAAACCUUCAACGUCGCGAGUCAACGCAGCACGCAACAUACACGCAAUCCCAACUUGGAAACGACGCUAAGAUUGCCAAGCUCCAGCUUUGGUCUCCACUUGGCGAAGAUUGUCUCAAUUCUAGGUAUCUUCGGUUAAUGGGUCACGCAAGAUGUUGAUGCUAUGUUGCUGCCGGAUCAGACAUACGCUGACUACGUGGCCCGACACCUGACCAAGCCGCACUCCAAUCACUCCACUUCCAAUACCAAAUCGAAUGCGAAGCCCAGCUCAAGCGACAGCAGCAGCAGCUACGAUCGCACUGCGGACUUCUUUGAGAACAUUCCCGACUUUGUGGGCGCCUCGUUGCCGACCUUUCUCUACACUCCGCAACCGGAUCCCGCUCAGCCUGUUGAUGUCCACCCUGGGUCACCAGCUCCAUCAUCAUCGUCAUCCAGUCCCAGCGGACCAGAUGACGAACACCAUUCCAGCGAGAGCGAGAACUGCAACGAUGUGCUGCGUCUGUGCGAGGAUUUUCUCUGUCGACAUCGCAUGCGUCCCGACUUCUUCUGCCAAUACCACAAGGCGGUCAGCUCAGCGACUCCAUCGCCGCGGCAGAGCAAAGCUUCGCCCGUUGUGGACACAGCCGCCUCUGCUUCGGGCGAGCUAAAAUCUUCCAAGGAUCAGGCCUCCUCCCAACAAUCACAAUCGGACAGCAGAGUCAAUGCAGUCGUAGAGCGCUUCACUAAGUUCUCCGCCAUUUACACGCUGCCCGUGGCGAAGCGCAAGAAAACAUGCAAUAAAACCACCGGAAAUAUAACAGAUGCCUCAUCGUCCAAUGAGGCGGUGCAUCUGCAGCAGCGGCUGAAGAGUCUCAGCACCGAGCUGCUGGUCAUGCGAAAUCGCCUGCAUGUCGAGGGUCAGGGUCAGGUUCAGAGUCGCAACGGCGGUGGCGGAGGCGGUGCUGUUGAUGCACAACAACAACAUCACAGCCUUGGCGUUGGUCUUUCAACGGGCGGUGCGAAGGCGGCCAACUUUGAGUUGAAUGCCUCCAGUCCGAAUCUCAAUUUGGGCGCAAGUCUCUCGACAAAUGCGCUGCAGCAGCAUGUGAACGGAGCUGGUGGUCAGCACACGCUGCCCAAGCAUGCGUACAACUUCAGCCAGACGUUGCCGAGCAACGCGGGCUCUGGGGGAGUGAUCUCGGCAAGGAACACAUCCAUUCCGCAUCCGUUGCCCCAUCAGCUGGGCGAGAAGUCGACGCUGGCGCAUCACAAGAGUCACACGGGCAACUUGGCAACAGCGGCACCUGCAGCGUUGCCUCAUGGCAACGGAGGCAACUCCAGCUCCAACUGCAACACGCUGCCGAUGCGCUCGUCGGCGGCCACAGCGCUGGCGGCAUCGAUAGCCGCCUCCCAUCAUCAUCACCAUCAGCAUCAUCAGCAACAACAUCAGCAACAGCAGCAGCAGCAGCAACAUCAGUUGCAGCAACACCAACAACAGCAGCAGCAGCAGUCGCUCAAUCAACAGUUUGCCACAUCAACGAAGCAUGCGAAUCCUUGCCAGAGUGUUAAGACGCUGCCAUUUGGGUUUGCCUCCAGCAAUGGCGGCGGCGGCAACAUCAAGUUGCAGUCGAGCCAUCGCUUGCCCAAGGACAUGCGGGAUCUGAUCCAUCUGGCGGGACCGCUUAAUGAGCAUGCCGUUAUGCACACGCUUCAGGCUCGCUUCAAUGAGCAGCGCUAUUUCACAAAUGUGGGACCCAUACUGCUGUCGAUAAAUCCGUAUCUGGACGUUGGCAAUCCGCUGACAUUGACAUCGACACGCGACCUUCCGCUUGCCCCGCAACUCCAGAAGAUUGUGCAGGAGGCAGUGCGUCAGCAGAGCGAAACUGGAUAUCCGCAAGCGAUCAUAUUGUCGGGCACAAGUGGAGCUGGAAAGACAGCGAAUGCCAUGUUGAUGUUGCGUCAAUUGUUUGCCAUUGCCGGCGGUGGCCCCGAGACAGAUGCCUUUAAGCAUUUGGCUGCUGCGUUUACCGUCUUGCGUUCGUUGGGAUCCGCGAAGACUACAACGAACUCGGAGUCCAGUCGCAUUGGCCAGUUCAUCGAGGUGCAGGUGACGGAUGGUGCACUGUAUCGCACCAAGAUACAUUGUUACUUUCUGGAUCAGACGCGUGUGAUUCGUCCAUUGCCCAAGGAGAAGAACUAUCACAUUUUCUAUCAACUGCUUGCGGGUCUCAAUCGGGAUGAACGCCAGAAGUUGCACUUGGAGGGCUAUUCGCCGGCCAAUCUGCGUUAUCUGCGUGGUGAUAUCGCCCAGAACGAGCAGGAGGAUGCAGUGCGUUUCCAGGCGUGGAAGACUUGCCUGGGCAUCCUGGGAAUUCCCUUCUUGGAUGUGGUGCGUGUGUUGGCAGCGGUGCUUUUGCUUGGCAAUGUGCAGUUCAUUGAUAGCGGGGGUCUCGAGGUGGACGUCAAAGGCGAAACAGAGCUCAAUUCGGUGGCCAGUCUUUUGGGAGUGCCGCCCGCAGCACUCUUCCGUGGCCUGACGACACGAACGCACAAUGUGCGAGGCCAGUUGGUGAAGUCGGUGUGCGGCGAUGGCGAUGCCAAUAUGACGAGAGAUUGCCUGGCAAAAGCCUUAUACUGUCGCCUGGUUGCGACGAUUGUGCGGCGUGCGAAUAGCCUCAAGCGACUCGGUUCUACACUGGGCACAUUGAGCUCGGACUCGAAUGAAUCCGUGCACAAUCAGGCGGAUGCAGCCUCGCAGCAUGCCUCGACCAUUGGCGGUGGCAAUGCUGGGUCCAAGUCGAUGGCAGCUCUUAAUAAUGCUGUGCGACAUGCAACGGAUGGCUUCAUUGGCAUAUUGGAUAUGUUUGGCUUUGAGGAGCCAUCGCCCCACGCCCAGCUGGAGCAUUUGUGCAUCAAUCUGUGUGCCGAGACAAUGCAACACUUUUACAACACACACAUCUUCAAGUCGUCGGUGGAAUCGUGCCGCGAUGAGGGCAUCGUGUGUGACACCGAAGUGGACUAUGUGGACAAUGUGCCAUGCAUUGAUUUGAUAUCAUCGUUGCGCACAGGGCUGCUUAGUCUGUUGGACAUGGAGUGUUCGGUGCGUGGCACCGCCGAGAGCUAUGUCACAAAGCUGAAAGUGCAACAUCGCUGCUCCACUCGCCUGGAGACGCGGCAUGCCUCCGAGCCAGAUGAUCCGCGUCUCUUUGCCAUACGCCAUUUUGCGGGACGUGUCGAGUACGAUACCACGGACUUUUUGGACACGAAUCGUGAUGUGGUUCCUGAUGAUUUGGUUGCUGUGUUCUACAAGCACAGCUGCAACUUUGGCUUUGCCACGCAUCUCUUUGGCUCCGAGCUGAAAGCGCUCUACGCUCAGCAACAGGCGCCGCGUGGCCUCAGCUUCCGCAUCUCGCCAACCUCGCACUCGGAUCUGCUCAACGGCGACGAACCGGUGUCCACACUCACCCAGGACUUUCACACGCGUCUCGACAAUCUGCUGCGCACUCUCGUCCAUGCGCGGCCGCAUUUUGUACGCUGCAUUCGCAGCAAUGCCGCGGAGCAGGCGGGAAGAUUCGAGAGGAUGACGGUGGUGCGUCAGAUACGCUCGCUGCAGGUGCUGGAGACGGUGAAUCUGAUGGCUUCUGGGUUCCCGCAUCGCAUGCGCUUCAAGCAGUUCAAUGCUCGCUAUCGCAUGUUGGCUCCAUUCCGCUUGCUGCGUCGCAGCGAGGACAAGGCGCUGGAGGAUUGCCAGCUUAUCCUGCAGUAUGCCAUGGACAUGGAGCAGCCACCGGUGCUCGAUGGCUCCGUGACGCUGGCCUGGGCACCGGGCAAGCGACAUGUGUUCAUCAGCGAGGGCAUUCGCCAGCAUCUGGAGCAUUUGCGCACCGAGAUACGACACAGGAGCGCCACACGGAUGCAGGCCACUUGGCGUGGCUGGUGGUGGCGCAAGAAGAUGGGCACCACAAGCAGCAUCAAGCGACCCGCUGCCAACGACACUGCUGCUGCAGCUGCCGGUGGCUUAAUGGCAGCGCUGCCCGCAAUUGCUAGCUCUUGUGCCAAACUCGCCAGCGCUCACAACAAUCCCAAUGGCAAGGCGACCUCAGCUGCCAUGGCUGCUCUCGCUGCGGUGGCUGCAGCUGCCCCUAAUACGGUUCCCCGCCUGUCCGCAAAGUCCACGAAUCCAAGCCUAGGCAUUGGCACUGUGACCAGGCCGAGACCUCAACCUAUCGCCGGGACUCCUCCGCCGGAUCCUCACGAGAAAUGCGACCAGAAGAUUAUACAACAAACUUGUAGUCUCUUCGGAUUAGAUUUGGAGCGGCCACCUCCCGUGCCCCCAUCGAGAGCUUACACCAUCACGGCGAACUCGAAGAAGCUGGGCUAUCCGCAAAGUCGCAUCAUGAAAAUGAAUUUUCCAGAGGAUGCGCUUGCUAAUCCGGCUCCAGCAUUGCCGCCUGCAGCAGGCGCCGGAGGAGGAGCAGGAGCAGGAGGAGGAGUAGGAGAGCAACAGCAGCAGCAGCAGUUGAAAAAAGGCGAAACAGUGACUGUGGUGGGCGCCUCGAGUGGACGAGGCCAUUUGAUUGUCGAGCACAAAGGCCAAAGUUACCAUGUACCCUUUCAGUACAUGGAACUGAGCAGUCAAGCAAUUGCCUCUGCCACCGUUUCGGGCGCUGGCUCCGGCUCUGGAGGAUCAGCCAGCAUUCCCACUGUGCCCAUUGUGAAGGGACAGGGAAAUGGAGUGAAGAUUUGACACACAAUUGAACUGAGAUCGAACCAGAUCGAAGACUGUAUAUAAUUAGUUUUAAAGAGUUUCUCAAAAUAUUUGCAUACGAGAAUUGUGCUUAUCCGAGUAUUGUUAAGAUUAUGGAACACUUUGUAGUAUUAUCGUAUGGUAGGUUGUAGCUUCCAGUGCCAAUCAAGAGAGUUCUUCCAAUAGGAAUAAUAUUCGAGUAUAAGUUUUUGUAAUUAAAUACACUCACACACAGACAUGCAUACAUGAGAUUAGUUAUCGCUCGUUAUUCGAUUAAUCAUCGAUCGGUCUCGCUGCGGUUUUUAUUUCUUAUUUUUGUUACUCAUUCUCGUUCAGCUCGUUCAUAAAUAGCAUUCCCACAUCACAUAGUUUAGAAUAGCUUUAAGAUUUCAUCUUUUCCUAACAAUUAAAAGCUGCUCAUCAUGACAAUUUUAAUCAAGGGCCAUUUAUGUGCUAAGAAUCUAUUAUUUGAAACUAUUAAAGAACAACAUAU